CUGGAAUUGUUUAGAUUAGACAUUUAUCGUAAAGUCCCGAAGGAUCUCACGGAACCAACACUUGCUGGUGCCAUUAUUUCAAUCGUAUGUGUUGUAUUCAUAUCGUUUAUGCUAUUCAAUGAUGUACUGGAGUACAUUAACAUAGAUAUUAAAAGUGAGUUAUACGUUGACGAUCCAGGUCGAGAAGGGAAAAUCGAUGUUGAAGUGGAUGUUUCGUUUCCACACAUGAAAUGCGAAUUCCUCGGCGUAGAUAUACAGGACGAGAAUGGGCGACAUGAAGUGGGAUUUAUCGAUCGAACCGAGAAGAUUCCACUGGAAGACGAUGGGUGUCGAUUUAAAAGCAAAUUUGAAAUCAACAAGGUGCCUGGGAAUUUCCACAUUUCAACACACUCCGCUGCAACUCAACCGACUAACCCUGAUAUGCGACAUAUCAUUCACUCAAUACGUUUUGGAGACGAUGUUUCGGACCUCAACGUGAAAGGGAGUUUUAAUCCUCUACGCGAGAGAAAGAUGCUGGCUUCUGAACCGCUGUCUACACAUGAAUAUAUACUGAAGAUAGUGCCGUCAGUUUACGAGGAUAUAUCGGGAGGAAUUCGAAAUAGUUACCAGUACACGUUUGCUCACAAGGAUUACCUCGCGUAUCAUCAUACUGGUCAAAUUAUCCCGGCUGUUUGGUUCAAGUACGGAUUACAGCCGAUAACAGUGAAGCACACAGAAUCGCGCAUAUCAUUCUACUACUUUCUUACUUCAAUAUGUGCCGUCGUGGGAGGGACGUUCACGGUGGCUGGUAUUAUAGACUCAACGUUCUUUACGAUCUCAGAGCUUGUCAGGAAGCAUCAACUCGGCAAACUGUCUUGA